CCGCCACUAAUUUUAUUUUUCUAAUGUCUUCAUACUGCAAAAUUGUCUGAAUUGUCUUUUAAAUAUUAUUAUUGAUUAUUGAUUAUUUAUGAAAAAUGAGUUCAACAAAAGUUCCAUUAGAAUGGAAGCGACGUGUUAAAACGGAAUACAUGAAAAUUAGGCAACAAAAGCGCUAUAAGCGAGCCGACGAAAUUAAGGAAGCUUGGAUUAAAAAUUGGGAAGAGCAUAACUACAAUGUACAAGACCUCUAUUGCGAGCCUAAAGUGUGGCAUGCGCAGCCUUAUGAUCCGCCACAUUUAGAUUGCAUAAAACGAGCCGAGGUGUCCGGCUACAACGGCGCUGGUCCGCAGCGAGUGCCAAUUUGUGUAAUAAAUGCUGUUACACCAAUACCCACAAUGUACACCUGGGCUCCGACUCAGCAAAAUUUCAUGGUAGAAGAUGAAACAGUUUUGCACAAUAUUCCGUACAUGGGGGAUGAAGUACUGGACAAGGAUGGAAAAUUCAUUGAGGAGCUAAUAAAAAAUUAUGAUGGCAAAGUGCACGGAGACAAGGACCCUUCUUUUAUGGACGACGCAAUCUUUGUUGAACUGGUGCACGCUUUAAUGCGGAACUACACUAAAGAGGAAGAAACAUCGUCCAGUGUUGCUGGAGGGGGGCAAAUAAAAUCGGAAACAAUAAAGGGGGACACGGUUACUAAAGACGAUAAAGACAAAGACAAACUUAAGGAUUCAACUAUCAAUGUGAAGAAUGUGAAAACAGAGGAAGAUACUAAUAUCCAGAAGAAGGAAGAUAUGGAGGUAAAGGAGAAGCUUCCGUUUCCUGCUCCAAUUAUUUUUCAAGCCAUUAGCUCCAACUUCCCAGAUAAAGGAACGCCACAGGAAUUAAAGGAAAAAUAUAUUGAGCUCACUGAACACCAGGACCCAGAGAGACCACAAGAAUGUACUCCUAAUAUUGAUGGGGAAAAGGCCGAAAGUGUGUCUCGAGAGCGGACUAUGCAUUCAUUUCACACAUUAUUCUGCCGACGGUGUUUUAAAUAUGACUGCUUUCUACACCGUCACCAAGCGAACGGUCUUCAGGUCGGCCAUGCUGGGCCGAAUUUACAAAAGCGUCGUUUUCCUGAGCUAAAACCAUUUACGGAUCCCUGUAGCAAUGCCUGCUAUAUGUUGCUGGACGGCAUGAAGGAAAAAUUGGCUGCUGAUAGUAAAACACCUCCAAUAGAUUCGUGCAACGAAGCUAGCUCUGAAGACAGCAAUGAUAGUAACAGCCAAUUUAGCAAUAAAGAUUUCAAUGCAGAGAAUGGCAAAGAAAAUAGCAUUGCUGUGAACAGUGCUGUUUCCGCAGAAAUAAGUUCUAUAAUGGCUGGGAUGAUGAAUACAACAAACACAAAGUGUGACUGGACCGGCGCUGAUCAGUCUCUAUUUCGGACAUUACACAAAGUAUUUUUGAAAAACUACUGCGCUAUUGCUCAAACUAUGCUAACGAAAACAUGUCAACAAGUGUACGAGUUUGCUCAAAAAGAGGAGGCUGAAUUUUGUAUUGAAGAGUUGCGUCAAGAUUAUACACCACCAAGAAAGAAGAAGAAGAAGCAACGAUUGUGGUCGCUCCAUUGCCGCAAAAUACAAUUGAAAAAGGAUUCGUCGUCGAAUCAUGUGUAUAAUUACACGCCGUGCGAUCAUGCCGGCCCAUGCGAUAUGAAUUGCUCUUGCAUACAGACACAGAACUUUUGUGAAAAAUUCUGUAACUGCAGUAGUGACUGUCAAAAUCGUUUUCCUGGGUGUCGUUGUAAGGCACAAUGUAACACAAAACAAUGCCCUUGCUAUUUGGCGGUGCGUGAGUGUGACCCAGAUUUAUGCCAGGCCUGUGGGGCCGAUCAGUUUAAGCUGACGAAAAUCACUUGCAAAAAUGUUUGCGUUCAGCGCGGAUUGCACAAACACUUACUAAUGGCACCCUCCGAUAUAGCCGGUUGGGGUAUAUUUCUCAAAGAAGGAGCUCAGAAAAAUGAGUUUAUCUCGGAGUAUUGUGGCGAAAUUAUUUCACAGGAUGAAGCCGAUCGUCGAGGCAAAGUUUAUGACAAGUAUAUGUGUUCAUUUCUGUUCAACCUCAACAACGAUUUUGUGGUAGAUGCAACACGUAAGGGUAAUAAGAUACGCUUUGCUAACCAUUCUAUAAAUCCGAAUUGUUACGCCAAAGUAAUGAUGGUAACCGGCGAUCAUAGGAUCGGAAUAUUUGCCAAGCGAGCGAUUCAACCUGGAGAAGAGUUGUUCUUUGACUAUAGAUAUGGACCCACAGAACAGCUAAAGUUCGUGGGCAUAGAAAGAGAAAUGGAAAUUGUCUAAUUUUAAAAUACAAAUAUGUAUUCAUCUUUUGAAAUAUCAUUAAACAUAUUUUUAAAUACAAUGUUCUUAUACUGAAGCA